AUGAGCGGCCACUUUGACGACGAAGUCCCACUGGAGAGGGUCGAGAGGAAAGGCAGCAAGUCCCCCACGCUGCUCUCCUCCUAUUGCAUUGACAGCAUUCUGGGCCGCCGCAGCCCGUGUCGGGUCCGACUAAUAGGCGCGCUGCCCGGGAGAGGGGAGCUCGACAAGGCGACGGAGGGGUCGACCAAAGAGCUUUCUCUAACGGCUGACAUGCACCUGCCCCCGAAGUUGCGUCGCUUGUACGGCCCGGGAGGCAAGUUCCUCCAGGAGCAGGCGGACAAGCUGGAGCGCGAGCGGCUGCUCCUGGAAGGUGCCACCGAGAGCCUCAAGAUCAUCCAGGCUCCGCAGGUGAGCAUCAGCCGCAGCAAGUCGUACCGGGAGAACGCGUCCCUGAGCCGGGCCGAGGGCGAGCGCAGCCCCGGCGAGGGCUCGGAGGACGGCGGCGCCUCGGGCCUGGUGGAGCUCGGCGCCUUAAAGUUCGACGAGGACGCAGUGAAGACAGAGGAGGAAAGCUGCGGGGAGGCGACCGCCGGUCUGUCUCCCAAAGACGAGGAGAGGGAGAGCUUGAACGCCGGGGAUGGGGACGUGAGGGACGGGGAGGACAGCGUGUGUCUGUCGGCGGGCAGCGACUCCGAGGAGGGCAUGAUGAAGCGCAAGCAGAGACGAUAUAGGACUACCUUCACCAGUUACCAGCUGGAGGAGCUGGAGAGGGCUUUUCAAAAGACGCACUACCCCGACGUCUUCACCAGGGAGGAGCUCGCCAUGCGUUUGGAUCUGACCGAAGCCCGAGUGCAAGUGUGGUUUCAGAAUCGCAGGGCUAAGUGGAGGAAACGUGAAAAGGCGGGUGUGCAGGCUCACCCGCCCGGCCUGCCCUUCCCCGGCCCUCUAGCGGCAGGUCAUCCUCUCAGCCACUACCUGGAGGGUGCCCCCUUCCCACCACACCCGCAUCCCGCGCUAGAGUCGGCGUGGACGGCAGCCGCCGCCGCCGCCUUCCCCGGCCUCGCCCCUCCGCACCACAACGGCUCGGCGCCGACCCUCGCCACCCCGCUCGGCUUAGGCACUUUCCUGGGCACGGCGGCCAUGUUUCGCCACCCGGCUUUCAUCGGGCCCACUUUUGGCAGGCUCUUCUCCAGUAUGGGUCCUCUGACCAGUGCUUCCACCGCGGCGGCCCUCCUGCGACAGCCCGCCCCCCCGGUCGACAGCGCUCACGCGGGCCCCAUCCUCCCGGACCCGAACCCCUCUUCCGCCCCUUCGUCCGUAGCCGCGGCGGACCGCCGGGCCUCCAGUAUCGCCGCCCUGCGCCUCAAGGCCAAGGAACACUCGGCCCAGCUCACCCAGAUCAACAUCCUCCCUCCCGGCGCUGCAGGGAAGGAGGUGUGCUGA